AAUCCGGAAAUCCCAUCUCGGCCUUGGUUGGGAGUCAGCCACCACCGGAGCGGAGCCGGAGGGAAUGGCGGCCACUCUUCUCCCGACCUUAUCGCCGCCCGUUUCCCGCGCCGCCGCCGCUUUCCUCCUCCUCCGCCGAGCACCAGCAAAGCCUUUCUCCUGUCUUCGUCCUCCCCCAACUCUACGCCGCUUUCUCGCUUCCGCCUCCUCGUCCUCUCCAGCAACCCCUCCCCCUGCCCUCCGCCCCCUUUCCACCGUGGCGUCUUCCUCCACCGCUGCUCGCGCCGUUCCAGCCCGCCGCGACCUCCUAAUGCUCGGUAUCGAGACAAGCUGCGACGACACUGCGGCCGCUGUGGUUAGAGGCGACGGGGAGAUCCUUAGCCAAGUGGUGUCUUCCCAAGCGGAUUUGCUUGCAAGGUAUGGGGGUGUUGCUCCGAAGAUGGCCGAGGAAGCUCAUGCUCUUGUGAUUGACCAGGUUGUUCAAAAGGCCCUUGAUGAUGCAAAAUUGUCAGGAAGUGAUCUUUCUGCUGUUGCUGUUACCGUUGGACCAGGACUUAGUCUAUGCCUUAGAGUUGGUGUUCACAAAGCGAGACAAGUAGCAAAAUCAUUUGGCUUGCCUAUUGUUGGAGUUCAUCAUAUGGAAGCACAUGCAUUAGUUUCCAGGCUAGUGAACAAGGACCUUGAUUUCCCAUUUUUGGCUCUUCUAAUUUCAGGAGGACACAAUCUUCUUGUUCUUGCUCAUAGCCUUGGGCAAUACGUUCAACUGGGGACUACUAUAGAUGAUGCGAUUGGUGAGGCAUAUGACAAAACAGCAAGAUGGUUGGGCCUUGAUAUGCGAAAAGGUGGGGGUCCUGCUCUUGAAGAGCUUGCUCUAGAUGGUGAUCCAGAUGCUGUUAAGUUCAGAGUUCCAAUGCGACAACAUAAAGAUUGCAAUUUUUCUUAUGCUGGUCUGAAGACUCAAGUCCGACUGGCAAUUGAAUCUAUGAAUUUAAGCACAGAUGAUAUUCCCAUUUUGUCUGCAUCAGAGGAAGACAGACAAUCAAGGGCAAAUAUUGCUGCCUCUUUCCAGCGAGUUGCUGUGUUACAUUUGGAAGAAAGAUGCCAACGAGCAGUUGAAUGGGCAUUGAAGAUUGAACCUUCCAUCAAAUACUUUGUUGUUUCAGGGGGUGUCGCAUCAAACAAGUAUGUUAGAAGUCGCCUGAAUCAAGUUGCUGAUAAUAACAGCCUACAACUUGUAUCUCCUCCUCCAAGCCUUUGUACUGACAAUGGCGUCAUGAUUGCUUGGACUGGGAUUGAGCACUUUGUUGUGGGAAGAUUUGAGGACCCACCUGCUGAUGAUGAGCCUGAUGAUAUGCAGUAUGAGCUGCGGCCAAGAUGGCCUCUUGGUGAGGAAUAUUCAGAAGGAAGAAGUGUUGCACGAUCAUUGAAGACCGCUCGUGUCCAUCCAUCACUAACGUCAAUGAUACAGGGCUCUCUUCAAAAGUAGUUCAGUUGGAACCAACUAUUGGUCUCUGCUUGUGCAGUUGAGUUCCCCGUAUUCUUCCAGUUUUGGGGUUCGCAAUCUUCAUAGCUGACCGUUAGUUUGUAUUCACUGUGAAUUGCAGUAACAAGCUGCAAAAGGGCUGAACUGGUUGUUUAGUUGUACAUAUGACUAUAUGAGGCAAUACGUACAAUGAUCCAGUUCACUCAGAAGAAUAUUAACAUAUUUAUUGCAUCAUGUGUUCUACUAUGAAGGCUUUGUAACAAAAUCUUGAAUUUUGUGUAUAUUUGUUUAGUCCUUUGGUCUGAACUCAUCA